UUACGGUCGGUAAGGUAAUGGUAUACCUGAUAGUUAGAAACUUUCCGGUACCGCCACGGGAGAGAGUGUGAGAGAUGAACAAUGGUUACAAUGGUCCUUACCUCUAAUUCUUUUUCUGCGCACUACUCUGAAAUCUUGGUGUUUAGCGGAAUCCCUGUCCGGAAUUCUCUCGCCUGCUCUGUGCCGUUUACAAAUCGGCCACAUCACCUGAAAACGAGUCAGCGUAUGAAUAGAACCGGUGCUCUGAAGGACUGGAAAGAUUAUGACCAAGCUUUGAAGGAUAAGGACCUAACCAGAGCUCUUCGGUUCCUAAAGAGUAUUCCUGUUCAACCAAAGGAGGAGUCUUGGAUAGAGUCUGGCCGGUAUCGGAGCGAGCUGGAUUGGGCAAGGGCCGCUCGGCAGGAGCGCAAUUGGGAGGUUUUGGAUACCUGCUUGAAUGCGGAUGAUAUGAGGCUUGUUGCCGGAGCGUACACUUUUCUUAAGGGCAUGGAUCUCUUGCCCAAUUUUGGGAAAUGCAGUAGCAUUGUGACAAAACUUUCACCCAAAAAGUGGGGUCUUUCAGGAAGCUCUAGCCUUAUUUUGAUUGCAUUGCUUGCUGGAAUCUCUUUUAUGGUAAAUCAGGGAAUGGACAUCAGACCUAACAUUACCGCAGUACUGGGCUUGACGGUGCUUGAUGCUAAAUUUCUUGGAGGUUCUUGCUUAGCGCAGGUCUCAAGCUACUGGCCACCUUAUAGGCGCCGAAUCCUAGUUCAUGAAGCUGGCCAUCUACUUGUAGCUUACCUCAUGGGCUGCCCAAUCCGUGGUGUUAUUUUAGACCCCAUUGUGGCGAUGCAGAUGGGAAUCCAAGGCCAGGUAUUUCUUAUUCUGCUUUAUCUUUUCCAUAUAUUUUUAAUAUGAUACGCAUUGACACAUGUCAUAGAAACAACCCUUCGACAGUUAUCGGGAUAGGGGUAGAUUUAAGCUUUCUCUGUAUCUCUGAUGCAUGCUAUAUUGUAAGAUUAUGGAAAGGUAAAAGAUGAAGUAGAACAUUGAGAAGAGUGAAGACUGAUAGUGGCUGGUUUUAUUCUUAUUUGAUUUUUAAUACCUUAAUAAUUGGCUAUUCUAUGAAGUGAUUGAUUAUCUAGGAUUUUUAUGUGCUGGGCUAACAUCCUGGGUUAGGCUACAAUGUGUGAGAUAGGCUAGGAAGAUCGGACAUGUAUAAUGGCCCCGGAUUUCUGACUUUGGCCCGGACAAACUCCAAGUUCAUCUUAUUGCUAGCCUAUCUCGAAGAUGGUAGUCAAGCCGAGGGGCGAGGGGCAUUACCCCAACAAGCUGGAACACAGUUCUGGGAUGACAAACUUGAGAAUGAGCUCGCUGAAGGCCGGUUGAGUAGAACUGCUUUUGACAGGUAUUGCAUGGUUCUUUUUGCUGGGAUUGCCGCUGAGGCUCUUGUGUACGGAGAAGCAGAGGGUGGAGAAAAUGAUGAGAAUUUAUUCAGAAGCACCUGUAUUCUUUUAGAUCCACCACUAUCUGUUGCUCAGAUGUCAAAUCAAGCUAGAUGGUCAGUAAUGCAAUCCUAUAAUCUGUUGAAAUGGCAUAAACAUGCACACCGAGCUGCAUUUCAAGCUAUGGAGGGUGGGCAGAGUCUGAGUGUGAUUAUUAAAAGAAUUGAGGAAGCUAUGUCUUCCGGCAGUUGAACUAUGGAAUGCAAGAUGUAUACUUCUUUCGUCCAGGAAGGGACUUGAAGUGAUAAUUUGGACCGAGAAGUAAUGGAAAAACAAGAAAUUUCUCUACAGGCCUGGUGUAGAGACGUAGAGUUUUUAUGGCACUUUCAUUAUAGGUGGUUCAACUUACUGCUGGUAGCCUGGUAAUAACAUCACACUGCAUAUGUGAACUGCCUUUAAGAGAAGAGAUUCUUCCAUGUAUUAGCUGCACUGCCUGCACAUUGAGAAUUUAGUGUACUUUCUUAGUCAUUAGCGAACAAUGUGAAAGAAAUGUUUUUGUUUUAUCUAAAAGGACAGUAUUUAAAAAGGGAAAAUGUAAAGAUUGAUCAUUCAUUUAUUUUUUGGCCAAAAUUUAGCUCCCUUGUAAGUCCAAACUGUGGUAGAUGAACUACAUAUCAUGUAGUCAUGUACUUCUCGUAGUUAUCUUUUUCACUUUAUCAGUUUAUAUUGUGGAGAACGAGAAUCAAAAGUUAAUUGUUUGAGUUACUACUUGUUUUUGUCGAAGUAUCUCAUUGAAUGUUCAUCUGUUACACUGCUUGAAAGUCAGUUACAU